AUUCUUAUUCUUAUUAGAUUCAGAAAGUGCAAUAUUGUUCAUGUUUUCCUUCCUAUUUUGUGAAUACUUGCUAUUAGUGCAGUGAUUUACCUCUCAAUUUUCACUUUUUUCGGUAAUUUUCAUCGAUAUGCGUAUAUCAUUGUUAAGAUAAUUAUGGGGAACGAUCAGUCGCAGCUGAAAGGACUGGAAAUCAGUCGAAAGGCUAUACAAGUGACUGACUAUUGGUCCUUAUACAAUGGAGAAAUUCCGACGGAGGCAAGCACGUCGUUGUUUUCGAUUUUUCAAGGCGAAACGUUGGUUACAGGCCAAUUUUGGACCAAUCAAAAUCCACUAGAAAGAGCCAUUAAAAAUCUGAAAAUUUACCGACACCCGAAUAUAUUGAAGUAUAUUGCUUCGUGGAAUAAAGGCUCUCUGAAAAUGCUGGCCACAGAACGAUGUCGCCCAUUGGCAACUUGUUUAAACAUUACAAGCGAUGUGCAGAUUUGUCUGGGCUUGAGAAAUGUUCUAUGUGCUAUAAUUUUCCUUUUGGAGCAAGCGAACGUACGACAUCUGAGCAUCAGCAUAUCAUCAGUUUACGUGACCGAAGAUGGAGCUUGGAGAUUAGCAGGAUUUGAGCAUCUUUGGGCCGGUGGAGAUUUUAAUUUAAAUUUGCUAGAGAAGUCACAGUCUUAUCGCUAUUCGAAGGCAAUUGAUUCAGAAGAGCUGAAGAAUAAAGGCCAAGGAAUAGAGCAAUUUGCAUUCGCUGUAAUGUGCGAGGAGAUCUUGCAUAACAAAACCGAUAGUAACAUUCCUGCCGUGGAUGAUUUCAAAACCUACUGUGGAACGCACUUAAAGCAUGCGAAUGUUUCAAUGCGGCCGAAGCUUUCAGCUGUUUUACUCCAUCCGUUGUUUAAUCACGAUUUUAUUCUAAUUCAUUCAUUCCUUACUGAGCUUCCUCUGAAAGGUCCACAGGCAAAACAGGAGUUUUUUACGGGAUUAGCCGAUCGACUGCGAACGUUCGAUCCGGAAACCGUGGCAGAACAAAUGGGUUCAUUGCUGUUAUCACGAAUUGUACUCCUUGAUACAACUGCACAGUUAUGUGUAACACCGUUUAUUUUAAGGCCGAAAUCGGACGACCUAUCGGCGGGACUAUUUACGGCCAAAAUCUUUUCCGCAUAUAUAAUUCCCAAAAUCAAAAAGGUCUUCUGCGUACAAGAUGCUCAGAUUCGUCUAACGUUGUUGGAAUACUUCCCGGCCUAUGUCGAUUUCUUCAGUAAGGAAGAUUUGAAGGAACACAUUUUACCACAAUUAUUACUAGGAAUCAAAGACACCAACGAUGUUUUAGUCGCUAAAACGCUUUUGUGCUUGGCAGAUUUAGUCCCGAUACUAGGAUCUGCUGUAGUUAUCGGAGGAAAUCGGAGCAAAAUUUUCGCCGAUGGUAGACCACAAGGAGUCCCAGACCAGACAAUGCCAUGGAGUGGUGUUCGAUCUAUAACUCCUGUCAUUGGUUCUUGCGAAUUUUUAUCAGGGAGUCCUGUUCCUGGAGGAGCAGGAGGAGGAGUGAAUACAGCAGACACUAGUGUUUCAUUUUCAUCGAUUAUGCAAGCAGGGAUCGGUUUUAAUUACAUGCCGGAACGAUUGUCUCCUGAAGGCGAAGAUAUUUAUCACACCAAUAGUGAUGUAGAGCUGGAGGUGGAUGAAUGGAGCGACUGGGAGAAUGAUGUGAACGAGCACUCUGCAAAUCAUUUGAUAAAUGCUGACCAGGCAACUGAGGCAUCGAAAGAUGAAAACAUUAACGAACUCAUAACUGCCCAUGAUGGUUCCAUAAGUACAAUAAUAUCUAGUAAGGAAGAACAAAAUUCAAAUUCGUCUAAAGUUAAAAGACAAACGUCUCAAACGGAUAGUAUAGAGAACAUGGAUAUAAAAACACAGACAUUGAAAAAAAUCGAGCCAGCCGAAAAUGAGUUUGAUUUUUUCAAAGAUAUGGAACCGAUUAUUCAAAAAGCAAAUGUAUUGAUGAUCAACGAUGAAGACAGAGUUGAAACUACUGAUUUAACAAUGGUGAAAGCAAAUAGUGAUCAACCAGCAAGAUUAGUUGAUGAAAUAGAUGUUCCACUGGUUACCGUUGAUGUUAGCAGAUUUGAUGUCAAAGUGGAAAAUCUUGAGACUAAUGAAGAUGGAUGGGAUGACGAAGAAGGGGUGUGGUGAGCGGAAUAGAUGUGAUGUGUCCCUUUAUAUCAGAAACUGAAUGCCUGUUAGAUAAUUUGAACGCACCUACUCUGAAGGAUAACAAUAAAGCAUAAAUUCAACAA